AGAGGAGCCAGCGUCACUGGUAAUACGUAGUUGUGCGCAUGCGUGCAGGAGUAGUGGGUAGCUGCAAUCCAGCUGCGUAACUUACAAUCAGUUGUACCGUGUUUUCGGCAAUAUUUAAAUACAAAACAAGAAAUAAGGAGCAUCGUCAUCUUGCAGCUUUCAUUACCAUAAAUCCUAUCAUGGCGUUAAAUGUCUAUUCACGGCUGACGAGGAGUACUAUAGUCCGCGUUUUAGCGAGCAGAAGUGUCAUUCCUGUUACAAGACAGCUGACAACUACUUCAUGCUGGACACAUUUGCGUUGCUUACAGCGUAAAUAUCACAUGACUACUACACGUGUAGCAGAAGAACGGCCUCUGUUGGUCAAACGUGUCAUUCGUUAUGAUGGUAGUUCAUUACGGAAUUUCAGUUCUUCAAGCCAGCCUUCAAUAGAUGUGUCCUACGAGCAGCUGAAAAAACUGCUGCUGUCCGACUCCAGUGUGGUUAUAGACGUCCGUGAGCCGUGGGAACUCCGGGAAUACGGGAACAUACCGGGGUCAAUUAACGUGCCAUUGGGACAGGUGAAUGGAGCUCUCCAUCUCACGCCUGAUGAUUUCAAGGAGAAAUACGGAGGAGUCAUGCCAUCACAAUCCCAAAAUAUAGUGUUCACCUGUCUAGCUGGUGUAAGAAGCAAAAAAGCCCUGGAAACGGCAGUGUCUUUAGGAUACACCAAGGUCCAGCAUUAUCCAGGUGGAUGGCAAGAAUGGGCAGAACAUCAAUUAAUACAAACCAAAGAGUGAUUGUCACGCUGUAGUCAUGUUAACACUGUGAUAGAAGUUUGAUUGACUUGUACUGCAGUCUGAAUUAUACCAUUGACACCGAGUCAAAAUGUGCCAGUAAGACUGAAUCAUUUAACGGUAUUGACUGGAAAUAAAGGAAUGGUGUGAAUAUAUUUUAAGCCUAAAAGAUGCACUGUUAUAUGAUGUGAGCAGUGCACAUUCUACACUGAUAUUUUAUUUGAUGUGGUCAGUUUGAAUGGGAAGUGCAGUGGCCUACAGUGUGUAUGUUACAACUUCUGUUCAAAGAGCUCUUGGCUAUUUGCCUAAUAGUUAAACCUAAAUAUUUUGAGCAGGCAAUCCAAAUAUAAGGAAAAAAAUAAACAUUUUAUUCAGUGAUUUAUGAAGUCAACGUAGCACUGUUUAAAAGUAACUGGAAAGUUAUGUUUUUGUAUUCUUGAAAAUAAAACCU